GUCAGCCACAAAGGCUAACAAACUCUGGAAGGCCCUAUGCGCGCGGCUUGCGUGYGAUCAGGCCAGCAGGAGAUUUGUGGGGGUCUAUUUCGCAGCCGGCAGGGGCCGGGCAGCCUUUAGUCUAGCAUGAGACAGCCAAGGGUGAGCACCCGAGUUUUCACACACUAAAGGUGUUGAAGGGGAGAACGCACUCCGGGGAUAACACCAACCGAGACAGCGGGAGAGCGACAACCACCACCAUGCACCAGACCAGUUACAUGCACGAGGUGCGCAAGGAGAAGUAUGAGCGCUCCGAUGUCUUCGAGGAGCCCUACGGCCCUGACGCGUCGGCGGGCGCCUCGGCCAUCCAGGGCUGGGAGAGCCUGCAGGAACUCAACAGCCGUUUCGCCCGCUACAUCAACCGGGCACGCGUGCUGGAGCAGCGCAAUGCCGUGUUCCGGAAGCAGCUAGAGACGCUGCAGCGGAUGGAGGAGGCUAGCGGGCUCGAGGAGGCCUUUACCGAACAGAUCGGCCUGAACCAGCAGCGCAUCCGCGAGCUCUCCGCUGACCGUGCCAAGCUUGAGCGAGAGCUGAAGGACUCAUGCCGCAUGCUGGACGAGUUCACCAACAAAUACAGAAAUGAAUGUGAGUAUCAAGAACAGCUGCGGGGUACAUUGGAACAACUCAACAAGGAGGCUGACUAUGCCCUGUUGAGGAACCUGGAGUUUCAGAUCCACUCCCAGUUCCUUCAGGACGACAUCAACUCCAUCAAAGACAGACACAGGAAGAACCUGGCAGAGAUCCAGACCUACGUGAACAUCCUGCAUCAGAUCAACCAGACAAUAACCCUGGUGCCCAACGUGGCCGUGGGCAUCUCUGAGGAAAAGCAGCUGGCCCAGAGGAGAGUUCCAGCCCUGCAAAGCCAGCUGGAGGAGUACAAGAGCGCCCUCUGCCAGCUCCAGGCACAGAAGCUGCAUCUGCAGACCGAGACGUCAGUGAUGGAGAAUUCCAUCAAGAGCACCCAGGAGAGCUAUGACGAUGAGAUCCAGCUGUACAACGAGCAAAUUGAGUCUCUGAGGAAGGACAUUGAGGAGGCCGAGAGGUCCCUGGAGAAAUACACCAACGAGUGCCGCCACCUGGCCAUGUACCAGAUCUCCCUGGAGAAUGAGCUGGAGAGGUACAAGAGGAUCAUUGAGAAUGAGGACAACAGGUUGAAUUCAGCGAUAAUUGGGACUCCCAUUACCUUGUUCACCACCAAUUACCGCUUUACCCACACACCCACCGUGUCGAGCAGGGGCAGAGACAUCACCCAAGCCAUCCAGGACAUCAGCAGUGUCAAGCCUCGCCAGAAGAACCUGGCCAAGAAGGUCAUGAAGAAGAAGGAGAUCAGUCCCAAAGACGUGAUGGACAGUGGCCAGGACGAAAGAGUCGUUGGAGCUGAACACAUGGAGGAUGAGAAGCGAGGGAUGGCGGAGGAGGAGGACGAGGUGAAUAGGGAGAAGCAGAGUUCGCUGUACACGGGUGUCCCUCCCCAGGACGUCCCAGACGGAGCUCAGAUCAGCAAGGCCUUCGACACGCUCUGUAACAUCGUCAGAGACCGCAUGAGGAAGUAUAAGAAGCCAGAGCCAAUCGCUGACUUCUACACUAAGGGGCGCUAUGUGCUGGUGACGGGUGAUGGCAGCUACCCCCACCCCCAUUUUUACACCUCCAGCCCCUCCGCUGGACACGUCUUUGUCACCAUCUGCGACGGCAUGGUCUCCCCUUAUGACCCCUUCAGCCCAUACACCCCCUCCCCUGACCCCCCUCAUCCACAGCCCAUGCCACCCCCUUGCCCCUCUAUCCCCACCCCACCUUCCGACGGAGAGGGUGGCAAGGGUGACGAUAAGGGCGGAAAAGGUGGUGGGAAGGGGAAAUCUAGGGACGUAGAUCCUACUCCCCCCCCACAGCCCAACCCUGCCCCAGCUCCAGGCCCUGACCCCAAAGACCCCAAAUGCCCCAGCAAUCCCUCCGGACCCAAGGGGGGUAAAGAUGACAGUCGCCGCAGGGGCCUUCCUCCCAUGCCCUCCCCCCGUGGCGCUAGCAGCAUGCCCCCUGACUCCAUGAGCUACGAGAAGGUGGAGAUGGUGGAGUCAGUGGAAAAGUUCUCCAACGACCGCAAGACCAAGGGCUAUGAGGAGACGGCCAUGGUGGUGGAGACCAUGAUUGAGAAGACCAGCAAGAAGAAGCACUGAGUCUGAGGAGAUUGACUUCGACCAAAAGAGCUGGACAGACUCCUCACAAGUUCCACCUCACCUUAUGCCAGCAAGAACAAACAAUGAGACCAAUAUGAGACUCUGCUAAAGACAUUCUAAAAACACUGUUCAACCGUGAAUGAGACCAACUGCUAAGAGCCAGUCCUCACAUAGGAAACUGCUAAAGACUCCUUCCACAUUCCUGAUACUGCUCCUCCAUUCACUCACGCUCUCUGGCUUUGUGUUCAGCAAGAGUUAGCUGGUUCCAUAAUGCUGCUGUUGUUGUUUCUACCUACGCCAAUACCUUAUGCCUUUACUGUCUGAAAACUCAAAGUACCAACAUCGAAACAACAGCACAAGCCUCCUCGUCCCCCCCAAAAAAUAAAGUGAAUAAAAACAUGACUUUGAUGUGUGAAAAAAAUGGAUUACAUGCUACUGCCCUCAUGGAUGUUUGCCACCCUUCCAAAUCAAACCUUGCCCCAAACCUCCACCCAAGACUUAAUUUGUUCAAUUGGAUGCCAUUGACCGCCCUCAACACAGUCUUGCUGUGUAUAAAACUGCUUUAAUAAUAAACAAUUAUCAAGUUUCAAAAGCA